GUUGUCACAACGAGAAACGCAGCUCGCAUUUCACUCGCACCGACACAUUCGCGCGGCCGCUGCAGCUGGCUGUGGCAGUACUCGCCUUGCUCGCGAUGGCACACGAUCGCGCAUCGCGAAGGCUCCUCGCCUGCCGUUCGCGAGCAUUCGCGGCGGCAGUCGUCGCGUUGGGGUCGUUUGCCGUCGCCUCGCUCGCGUCCGCUCCCCCGUCGAUUCGCGGCGUCGCGCCUCAAGACUGGGCGCACUUCUCCGGCAGCACGGUGGCGUGUCGCGACGGGUCGCGGUGGAUCGCAGCCAGCCGCGUGAACGACGACUUCUGCGAUUGCGCUGAUGGCACCGACGAGCCGGGCACGUCGGCCUGCGCCCUCGCGCGCUUCUACUGCCGCAAUCGCGGGCACACGCCGCUCUCGCUCUUCUCCUCGCGAGUCAACGACGGCAUCUGCGACUGCUGCGACGGGUCGGACGAGUACGCCAGCGGGGCGGGCUGCAACGACACGUGCGUGCAGAUGGGUGCGGAGGCGCGCAGCCAGCUGGCAGCUGACGUGGCGGCGGUGAGGGAGGGAGUGAAGCUGCGGGGCAAGGCGAUAGUGGGGCACGUGGCGAACCGGGAGAAGUGGGAGCGCGAGGUGAAGGACAUCGAGGAGCGCCGCGCAGAGCUGGUGGAGCAGGAGAAGGCGCUCAGAGCCCACAUCCACUCCCUCGCUGCUUCAGCCGCCCUGCCCCCGUCGCUCCUCCUCCUCGCCCUGCUCGCCCUCCUCCUCUGCCACCGCCCCUUGCGCUCUCUGCUCCGCCGACCCCUCCUCGUCUGCCUGGCCUGCCUGCGCUGUGUCUGGCGCUCCCUGUGCCCAUGCAUGGCGGCCGCUCGCAGCACUCACAGCACCCCUGGGGGGCAGCAGCAGCAUCACUCUGCGCGGCGGCGGUCAAAGCUGCUGCAGGGCCACUAGGGCACGCUUGGGUGCUUACCUACUGGCAGCAGCGCGCUGAGGAAACAUUCUCAUCAGACGAACGCCCUGCGCCCUGCACCCUGCAGCGCUGCUCCCUUUCUUCUCUCAGCCUGCUUCCCCUACAGCCACUGCUGCCUCUGCUGCUGACGUCACUGUCUCUCUCCUCAUGUUAUUGUCUCAUAGAGGGAUGAGGCCAUUAUGGGAUAGGAGGUGGAGCUGGCCGCUACCGUCCCACUGUGGCGCUGCCGCUGUUAGCGUUGUAGAAGGGAAGGGAGUCACUGAGCCACGGUUGAGGGAGUCACUGAACCACGGUUGAGGGAGUCACUGAGCCACGGUUGAGGGAGUCACUGAGCCACGGUUGAGGGAGUCACUGAGCCACGGUUGAGGGAGUCACUGAACCUCGUGUACCUCUCUCUGCUGGGAGAUUCCCUUGUGUAGGACUUACAAAAGUCCGUGUUUGUGACCCACGUAUAUCGAUCUCAGCCGAGUUGCAUAUGAACGAUUUUCUGUGUA